AUGGAGUUGGAGCUGGCCGACGUCGCAUUCGACGCCAAUGUCUGGGACGUUAAACGAGCAAUCGGAGAAGUUCUCCAUGGGGAGGAGUUCUUCAAUCCUUCUGAUCCAAAGGAUCGUCCAGUGAACUUCAAAGUUACCCUGAACCCCGGGCGUCAUGGCAUCAAUAACAACGGCUCGGGUUUACUCGUCCUACCUUCUCGUAAGAUAGGUGAUAAAUUUCUGAGGUGGCUGCACGGCCAGGGGAACACUGUACAUAUCAAAGACCACAAGUUGCGCUUCUUCAAGAGCAGGAACAAACCAGCCUAUGGCAUAGCGCACGUGCUUGACAAGACACCAUACCUCCCUCCAGAGAUAGAGGAGGAGCGAGAGGACAUUUUGCGCAAGUUAAAUGUGGGAAUCUAUGUCAGUAAAGUCCAAUUUGGAGUUUUCUACCGUCGAAAGGGCAGUCCGGAUAAUGCCUCUCGUGCAUUCUCCGAGGAGUUCGAGUUAAGUCACGAGAACAAAUCAGCGGGUUCACUCUCGUUCGAAUAUGACCACAAGCUAAUCCGAAUAACACUGGGGAACACCAUGACGGAGGAAAUCGCUCAUAACAUUGCGAUCAACUUCUCGAAUAUACGAAGAAUGGCAAUUGGCUUUGACUUUGGUCACCCGUUUGUCUGCUUUGACAUAAUCGUUCCUCCGAUGCUCGAGAAGCAACGAUUCAAUAGGGAGUUGACGGGAAAAGAUUGGGUGGACGGGCGGAAAUUUCGUCAAAGGCUCGACAGCAUCAACGCAACUCAUGCAGGCGUCGCUCCUUACUGUCAUCAAAUGCGGGUCAUUCUGCACGAUGAGCGAGACAUGAAAGAGUUCGCCACUCUCUGCACCAUCGCGGGUCUUCAGCGGCCUAUAUUCGCCAAAAUUGACUCAAGCAAGGAGGGUUUCUAUACGCCGAAGAAGCUUUACAGUGUUCGUAUGUGGCUGCAGGGGUUUGACUGGCCCCUCGCAUUUCAGAUCGAAGCUUUGCUACGAAACGGAUUGUUGAAUACCGAAGAUAUUCUCAGCCGUCUGUAUGAACCGAUCAACAAGCUUUAUAGACAGCGUUGCGAUGUUGCUCCCGACGUCCUUCGGAAUUUCACAGAGGCAUUGCGCUCUCGGGAUCCCCGGGAGAGUCCUGUAGAAUGCUUCGAGCGUAUCCUUGCUUCUAGCACGGAUCUGUCGCCGAUUCCUUUGCCUAAGGGAAUGUUCUCUUGCCACCAUAUAACCUUCACGCCUACAAGAAUUGUUCUCGAGGAUCACCAAGAACAUUUUGUGAGGGUGGACUUCAGAGAUGAAGAUCGCCUCCAGUAUCGUUGGGCGCGUGAAGUCGAUGGAACAUCCUUGCUCAGAGAUCGUGUCGGUGGCGUUCUCAAGAAUGGAUUCGAGCUAGGCGGACGGCACUUCGAAUUCCUAGCGUAUUCACAAUCCGCUUUACGCGAACAUGCAGUGUGGUUCAUGAACCCCUUUCAGCAUCCAACUGAAGGCUGGGUUACCUCGCAGAAGAUAAGAGACGGUCUCGGUGAUUUCAAGGAGAUCAUAAAAGCUCCGUCAAAGUAUGCAGCUCGAAUUGCUCAGGCAUUCACUGCCACCGAUCCGUCCGUCAAGAUUUCCAGAGACCAAUGGAAAGUAAUGCCGGAUAUAGGCCCAAAAUCAUAUGAAUUCACCGAUGGUGUCGGCACCAUAUCUCCACAGCUCGGUGAUAUGAUUUGGGAUGCACUUUGUGCUGACAGAUCGGAAUCUCAGAGGCGAACCAUCAAGCCGUCAGCUUAUCAAAUUCGAUUCUUAGGAUUUAAAGGCAUGGUAGUCAUCGACGAGCUCUUAGAAGGUGUCAAGAUGUGCCUCAGACCAUCCAUGAAAAAGUUCGAAUCGGACGAAAAAUCUGCUAUGAUCGAGAUUGCACAAGCCUUUGACCGUCCACGACCUUCGUUUCUGAACCGUCCGCUCGUAAUGAUCAUGGAAGAUCGCGGCGUUGAGAAAUCUGCAUUCGUAGACCUGCUAGAGAAAGCAAAAGCGGAGGUGUACACUGCGAGCGAUUCCCUAACACGGUGUAUCGCUCUCUUGAAAGCACAGUCGUUAGGACCGGGCUACAGGCUCUCCUUUAUUCUGCAAUGCUUGAAGGCUAUUGGCAUGGGUUUAGAACAUGAGAAGGACGUCCAGGUCCUAGAUGAUCCCUUCAUUGAGAGACUGAUUCAUUAUGCCAAGAACCAUGUGCUGCGAGGCAUGAAGCACGCCGCCCGAGUUCCCUUGCCAGAAAGUUACUUGUUGGUGGGAGUGGCAGAUGAAGGUCCAGCGUACGAGGCGGACGGACGCGAGAACGUUUUCAUGUUGGGAGAAGGGGAGAUUUUCGCCUGCAUUCAAGGGCCGGAUGACCCAGAGCCCAACUAUCUGAAAGGUCCUGUGAUGAUCACGAGGAGUCCGGUAGUCCAUCCAGGCGAUAUACAGAGAGUUCGAGCCAUCGGCGCUCCACCACCGGAUCAACUAUGUUCCUUCCGAAACUUAAGGAACGUUGUAGUGUUGCCCUCUGUCGGGGUUCGCUCUUUAGCUUCAUGUCUUGGUGGAGGUGACUUGGACGGGGAUGAGUAUACCCUUAUCAAAUAUGGACCCCUCCUGGUCACCGAGCAAAUCGAGCCCGCUUCAUACCAAUCUGCAGGCACCAGUGAAUUGGACCGAGACAGUACGAUUGAGGACAUCUGUGACUUUAUCGUCGAGUAUAUCAAUUCCGAUGUCUUAGGUCUGUUAUCGACCCGCCACCUCAUUAUUGCAGACCAAUCGAAGAACGGCACGAUGGACAAGAGCUGUCUUGAACUUGCCCAGUUAUGUAGCCAAGCAGUGGAUUAUCCCAAGAACGGCAAGGCCGUAGACAUACAUGAUUCCCCAAGAUUCCUCAUUCCAUAUAAACCCGACUGGCACCAGGCCGAAGUGGCUGAUCCUCGCUCAACUGACUACUACGAAUCAACUCGCGCUCUUGGCGAGAUGUACCGGCGCAUUACAAUCACGCCGCCCUCGGUCGCACCAACUGGGGAGAAUGCAGCGAGUGAUGGUCAUCGCCCCCGACCAUUGUCAGAUUCAAUUUCCAAAGCUUUGAAACCCUAUAUUGAGCGCCAGCUCCAUCGCUUCCACAACGAAGACAAGGACGUAGCCGAUAUAUUUGAUCUAUUCCACAAAUACAGGGACGAACUACGCUACAUCUGCAUGACCCAUGCGCUCUCGGAUGCUCCUGAAGUGCGGCUCACGGAGGAGGAAAUUGUGGUGGGCACGAUUUUGGCGAAGUGUUCGCAGCAUCGUUGGAGGCAGGACCGGACGUAUCGCAUGCGCUUGCAUUCAAGCAUGCUCGCCCGUGACGUCCGUGCGAAGCUUUUCAAGCAGACAUCAACUGAGGUGCCAACCACUGGAGAGCUGGUCUAUGGCCUUUCGCAGGCCUGGCUAGCUUGGGACUUCAGCGUGCGGAACAAGUCGCUCUUUGCGGCAAAUAGUUUUGGGUUAAUCGCACUCAGUGUGAUUUGCAACAUCCUCGAGCAGCUGCCGGAUGGUCUGCCCGCUCAAGGGCCUGCCGGUGCAAUGCUCACCACCAUUGCUCGGUGGUCGAGUCUUACUUGUCUCUUGUUCUGUGUGUUUGUCCUUGAUCUUGAGACCAUUCUUCCAUAUGGACAAGCGUAUAGACUUGGCCAGCGCGAUUUUGCUCAGUUGUCCGAGGAUGCUAUUUCUUCCCUGGUCUCCUCCCCAGACCCAGUCCGAAACAUCAACCCUUCAGACCCGAAUUCCCAUCUCUCGAGAAUAUUGAUUCCACGUCCUCCGGACACUGAGAACAACGUUAUCGUCAAAGACUAUAUUAUGUCCACCCUGAGGAAGCUGAACUGGCAUGUCGAGGAGGACACAUUCAAUGACACGACUCCAUACGGUGUGAAACACUUCACGAAUGUCAUUGCGACAAAGGACCCUUCCGCUCCCAGAAGGGUGGUACUGUCAGCCCACUUCGACAGCAAGUUCUUGCCCACCUACCCGCAAAGCCAAUUUGUAGGUGCGACGGACUCCGCAGCUCCGUGCGCUUUCAUGCUGGAUCUUGCUGAAACGCUGGACCCCUUGCUCAACGAACGUUCGCGGAGGUUAGAGGACGGCGAGGAAAACGACGAGGACGUAGCCGAGACUACGUUGCAGCUGAUCUUCUUUGACGGCGAGGAGGCUUUCAAAGACUGGACUGCGACCGACUCCAUUUACGCACACAAAUGGGCAAAUACCUACAUCGCGCCCCACGCCAAGCGAAGGCUCCUUCCAGCGGCUACGACCGAGCUGGAAACCAUCGAGCACCUCAUCCUGCUCGACCUGCUGGGCGCGGCGAACCCCCAAAUUCGGUCGUCCUUCAUCGAGACUGCAUGGCUGUUCGACGCGAUGGUCUCCGCUGAGCGCAGGCUGGGGGACAGCGGCGCGUUCACGUAUGGAGCGAAUGGUGCUACGGGAGAGUGGUCGAGUUUCUUCGCGCCCCGGACAGCAUCUCACUGGGGCUACGGUGGUAUCGAAGACGACCAUAUACCCUUCCUACGCUUGGGCGUCAGCAUUCUUCAUGUGAUUGCCAGCCCAUUUCCUCGAGUAUGGCACACACUACAGGAUGACGCGUCAGCGCUCGAUAUACCCACCAUGCGUCGCUGGAACCUCAUCCUGCGUGUCUUCAUGAGCGAAUAUCUAGGGCUCCGCCCAGAUGACGCGAAAAGAUCGAGUGCUCGAAGUGUAGGCCGCGCAGAGGACGAUCUCUUCUUGGACGUAGAGCUUUGGGACAACUCCACGAUGCUCGUUUGA